GCGGGCUGGUGGCUGCCUCGGCCUCCAUCCUUCAUCCUCCAUGACGUAAACAAACCAGCAGGGAGGUGCGGCGUCCCUCGCUGCACCACCACGUUUGUGAAUUUCUAAUCGCUCACCAUGGACGGGGACCUGGCUCUGCUUCUGAGCGUCUACGAAGGACGUGGACUGACUCCAGAGAGUGGAUGGAAUGUGGUGGUGGUUGCAAGACUGGAGGAAAAUGAACUUGCCACCUGUCCUGUUCCACUUGUCUCUCAACCCAAGUUUGAAGUUGAGAUGUCUUGGACAAUCACCUCUGACAUGUUGUGCAUGUUGAGGAAGUCGGGUGUCUCAGUGCAAGUGGAAUGCCUGGCACAGCAGCAGCAGGGAGGCCAGCAUCACACCCUUGGCUAUGCAUUGUUACCACUGCCCUUACCUGACCCUGAUGUGAAGAUAGAAGCUCAGUGGUAUAGUCUUAAGAAUGUUCCUCAUGGCAGAGCUACAGCAUUCCCAAGUCUGUUGCUUGGCUUGAACCUGAAGCGUAUAGGUUUGGAGAUGGUGGAAGAUUUCAUCUCACAAAAAACUAAGCAGAAGAAUGCAAUGGAAGUUGAUCUGAAAAUGGGUUCUUCAUCCAAAGACUCAGAGUUACCCUUCAUGAAAGCUUCCAGUGUUCCUCAGGAAACCGACAUGUUUUCAAGAUUCAGAAAGGCUAGGGAUGAAAGUGGCAAUGGUCCAUCCCAUAAGGGACUGUCUAUUGUCUUAAAUGAAAGUGAUGAGAUUCAGUUGAUGGAAAAAUCAAAUCAUGAAAGACAUGAUGAGAUGAUCAUUGAAGAUAGUAAUAAAAACAAUGAAUGUAGAUUUAACAAAUAUUCUUUACAGAGUAAGGGUGCCCAGUCUAUUGACAAAUCCUUUAAUUCAACUCAGUGUGUGCAAGAAAUUAAUAAUUCCCUGCAUGGAAACUCGGUUUCUGGGUCUCACACAAUGAAAGGUACAUUACUACCUGUUCAGAGUAGGAGGAGCCAACAACAGUCAACUUCAAUAAGCUCAUCAGUGAAAGAGAAUGGUCAUAGAACAGACCCAAAACCCUCGUCCAGCAAGAAUAAUGAUGUGGUAGCUUUUCCCAGCACCUCAGGUGCAGCAGUAGGGGCAACAGAGAAGCUCCGUGCCAUACCACUUCUCAAUGCACAAGGUUCUUAUUUCCAGAUUGGUCCUGCAGGAGAGCCAGGUGAACAGAUGUUUGAAUAUUCUGUCACUAUUGUAUUUGCAAAAUUUCUUGAUCAGCUGGUGCCUCCAGACAUGGAGAUUCAUGAGCCUAACAACGCAAUGUUCUGUUACUCUCUGCUGAGCCACUUUAUAUAUGGAGAGCCCAUUAAAGAUCUGGCUAAUCCAGAUUUUCAGGCAGAAAAUGCAAUGGGAAGAAUCUGUUCCACUGGUCAUAAUCUGAGCGAGUACUUUAUGCAGCAUCCUGAUCUGCCUAUCAAUCUCACAGUAGGAGAUGUAUGUCUUGCCACUGCAACUGUGAGACUGUCACCAUUUGCCAGCAGUAUUCUGACAGGAGGAUUGCCUGUACAGGUGGAGGGGAGCUAUCCUUUGGUACCUAAUUUGUUUAGUCCAUUGGGAUGGAAACCUAGAGGAGAGCCUGUUGUUGGUAUCACUGUCACUCUGUCAACAUCAGUUGGGCCAGAACUCCCUGUGCUGCCCUUCUCUGCGGGUGUGAUGGAUGUUAUGAACAGUGACAGAGGUUUCCACCCUGUAUUGGACUGUUCCUCAGGAUCCUCCACCAGGUCCCUUUCAGAUUCCCAAGAAGAUUCUAUCAUUGACUGGGCUAAUCAGAAAGAUGGCAAAAGUCAUUCUAGGAAUCAUGGAACUGUAGCCAGACUUGGUUAUAAACAUAAAUCAAGACAUAAAACAUGGCAUCAGAUGGCACCACUGGAGUGGAGUGCACGGGAGGCAGAACUGCACCACCAUUUGGCACAAGAGUGGGAAUCACAGAUGAGUUCCAUGGAAAAUCAGCUGCAGCAGCGUCUGGAACAAUGUCAUUCCCUGCACAAACGCCUCACAGAAGGUCUUCAUGCCUUGGAAAGCCGGGAGAGGAGUAUCAGCCUGAAGGAAGAAACUAUUAAAACACAGAAAGAAGAUUUAAAGCUGAGAAAAGCUGAACUGAAACGGCUCUUGAAAGAAGUUGAUAAAAUUUCCAAAAAAGAAAGAAGAAAGGUGGAAGAGGGAGAACUUGUAAAUCUACAACAACAACUAAUUCAUGAGAAACGACAGCGACGAUUACUGCAGAGGCAGGUCAGGGAACUUGAAGAAGCCAAAAGAACAACAGAGAGUACUUUGGAUGCAGCCAGACUGGGGAAUCAAAUAAAGGAUGAAGAUAUCAAUGUUCUCAAAAGAGAUAAGGAACGGUUGCAGGAGGAGUUGACAGCCUGUAGCCAGAGAAAAGAUUAUUACAAGAUGCAGUGGGUCAAGGCAGUGGGACAGGUGCAUCAACUCCGAGCUGAUAUGAACACCUACAGAGUGGAUAUUGAAAAGUCAUCCUCAAAUGUACAUCAGACCAGGAACUCCAUACAGUACAAAGAUGAAAGGCAAAAUGAUAGAAGACAUCUGAGGAGUCUGCCUGAGCAUAAAGUACCUGAAGUUGAUGGGAGGAAGGACACCAAUAAAGGGACAUUCACAGACUCAACCAAGUUUGUAAAAGAUCUUAUCAAUGAGAGGAAGGGACUUAGAAACAUGGUUGCCAAGAGAAAAAGGAUUGAAGAAGAGAAUGAGUCAGAAAAGGAAGAUGAAAUUAAGGUGCUUUCCUCCCCUAGUGAUGUAAGAAGGAUGAUGCAUUCCUUGGUAGACAGGUAAUUACUUGAUGUAGCAGAUGUGAUCUCCAUUUUGUUUAUUUUUUGCUAUCUUUUCAAGUUAGUACAUGUUUAGAUUUGUUAUGAAAGAGGACUGAAUGUUACAACAAACAUCAAAGAAAAUAGAAUAAAUUUUGGUUUCCACCAUUGCAAUAUAUUUACUUUGUGAUGGUGAGAAUGCAUUUUAUUUUACUUUAUGACAUGUAUAGUCUUUUUAUUGUCCUCUGCAGCUCCUAAUACAUUUGGGAGUUUCCAAGAGAGCACAAGUUUUGUCUCUGUUCUCUAUAGCUAUGGCACUAUUAGUGUGCUUUUAAAAAAUUUACUUUUUUCAUAGAAAAUCAUAAGGUAAUUGAUAUGAUAAUCAUAAUAUUGGUCAACUUAAAUUUGAGGAAAUUGUUUCAUAUUUUAUGUUUAUACAUUUCUAGAAAAAUAAAUUUUGUUCUACCUCAUGAAAAGUUUACUUUUGGAUUGACAUAAUACAUUAAUUUGUUGUCUCUAUCAGUGAUUAUUCUUUUUAUAUUUUUUUCUUAUCAUUUCAGUCUUUAUAUGUGAUCUCCUCAGUAGUAAUGUUAUGCCUGGGGAUCAUGUCUAUGUUCAUCGAUUCUGCUCUCAACCUGUGUGUGUGUGUGUGUGUGUGUGUGUGUGUGUGUGUGUGUGUGCAAGGUUAUUAUUUUUUUCUAACUUUCAUUUGUAGAUACUGUUAGGACUGAACAUAAAUUCAGUUGUAGAUAAAUCUAGUUUCAGUCUUCAAGUUAUGGAAUAAUGCAGCUGUCCUGUGUAGGAGAUUAGAGUACAUUUCUUAUGGUUUUAUGGGGAAUGAAAUUCUGAUGUCCAUUUGCUGUGCUAGGUUUAGGCCAACUGUGGACAAUGGUACCUGUGAGAAAACUUGCACUUUAAUGGUGUGACAUUUUUUGGUGAUAGAUUAUGGAAUUGGAUUAUUAUUGUUCAGUUAAUCAUUACAGACCUGUUGUUUCCUGGUAAAUUUUUGCUCAAUACACAUGGAUAAUAUUUCUGAAAUGAUCAACUACUACCUUUGGUCACUUUCCAUGUUCAGUAUAAAACAGAUUUAGAAUGAUGGAUACUGAAAACAGCAGUUUUUUUUUUUUUGUGAAAAAAAAAGAAAAGAAAAAGUAAAGGGGUUGUGAAUGAUAUGUGAGUUUGGAAAAGCUUCCUCUCCUCUGCCUCAUAUCCAUAAGUUUUCUAUGUUUGGCUAGAUUUCUAGAAAAGUACUGUAGCUCACUUUGAGACCUUUGUUUUCCCCUAUCAGGCAACUCCCCCAAAUAUAUAUAUUUUUUUUCUACAAAGAAGUCACACUCAAAGCUAAAAUGCAGGUAGAUGUAUGGAUGUUAUUGUCCUUGAACCGUCUUUAUACUUUUAUUUCAAUAAAGAAACUUCACAUUAAAUGUAGGAAAGCUAAUUCCUGUAAGCUUAGUGGAGGACAAACUACCCAUAAUUAGCAUAGUUUAUGGAUUGUUCAUUAAGCUGGAAGAACCUUUUCCAGAAAAAGCAUUCCUGCUGUUCAAGGUGAAGGAUGAAAUGAAAACUUGAGGUAU